UGGCAAUGCAGCAACGAUCUUCCCGUCUUAUUUCCAUAUCUACCCUAGACAAUCAGUCAGCACCAGCGCAGGGUAGAAUAAAGAGAUAACAUACAUAGGUUACGACCCGUCCAAUAUCGUCCAAUAUCGCUCAAUAUCGCGGUCUCGUGUGGGUUCUUAGACUCUUUAUAAUACCUUGUCUUCAUUUUCUGACUAUCGUAUAAUUUUGAACACUGAGGGAUAGAGUGGCGGGGACUACCAUCAUAACUUCAAUCCUUUCUCUUCAACGUGCACAUAUCUGUGUACCUAACUAAUAAUUAUCAUGGACUUGAUGAGCACAUCGGAUGGGCCUUGUUGGCCUCUGGCGCAUUUAAAAGGAGAUACUGGAUCGGGGAAGUCGGUCAAUUUUAUCUCGCCUAUCACACCGUCGCCCGAAGUCAAAGAGUAUGCGGUAUUAGAGAACGAGCACGAGGAAGACGAAAGGAGAGUUCCUAGUCCCUUCCUAGCCCUUCCCAUAGAGAUCCGUCUCGAGAUCUUUAAGCACCUGCUAGUUUUACCACCAGAUGCUCCCCCUCCUUCGCAGAAGACAUACUACCGGUACGGGCAACAUCGGACGCCGCCGCUGCUACACCCGGCAAUCCUGCGCGCAAACCGGCAGCUGCACGCCGAGGCACUGCCUCUCCUAUAUCGGCGCAACACUUUCCUAGCGCACAACACAUUGCUAACAACGCUUCCCCGGCUACGCCGCGCCUACGACCCCGUGCUCUCAGCGCAUCUCUCCGGCCUUAUAACCCGUUUCUACGUGUGCGUGCGACUGGACGCGGAGCCAGGCUACGACCGCGCGCAGGCGGCGAUGCAACUGAGUAACAAGGAGGAGGUUAUUAUCGAUGCAUGGCAAGCCGCAUGGCGCGGCUCGGGCCCGGAUGCGUUACGUCUGUUCGAAGACGUACGGGGUGUGCGUCGUGCAAGGGUUACUGGGAGCGUCGGCGGGUUCGAGGAUUACGCGAGGUGGCUAGAGGGUGCGAUGAUGCGCGAGCCUGGGAUUGAGAUUGAGCCUUUCUCCUGGGAUGCUGGUCGAGGGUCUGAAGGGAUGAGCAUAUAGCUUAUUGCAACUGUAAGAGGAGCAAUCUAGUGUAAAGGGAUGCUAUCAAGAUGGUUGCCUCGUUAGGUAGUCGGCCAACAACGCAACAUUUUGUUCUGUUUAGCUGAGUUAGAUAAGACCCAAUCUGUUAGAUGGUAGCUGGCUUUUGGUUCUGGUCGGAAUGUUAUUGGCUGU